AUAUUUCUAUUAUUAGAACGGAAGCAUGGAAAACAUUAUGAAGCACUGAAAAACUAAUCUAAGUCAUUUAGCAUGAUAAAGUGAUAAAAUUAAAUGCCUUCCAUAUAAGAAAGGAGUAGGGGUUGUUAAAACAGCAGAAGAAUGAGUUUGUACAGUAGAAAGAUUACAGUUAUGGAUGCCAGAAAAAAAGAGCAGUAGACAACAUGGUGAAGCAGAAAAUAUUCAAAAAAUUGAUAAAAACUGACAAUAUGAAUUGAAUAAAAUUCUAAUCAAUAUUAAAUGCUUUUUUUUAAAAUACACCUGAUAGGAUAAAAAAAUUAUAAUAUCAUCAUGAAAUUCUUGUUAAAUGAGGAACUAACUAAAAUCCAAACUAGUAUACUCCAAAUACCCUUGAACAAAUACAAAUAAAUUCUUAUAGUUUAAUUUAUAAGCAUUACUAUGUUGACUUGAAUUCUGUUUUCACUUUUGAAAUAAACUUAAUAUUAAUUUCAAAUUUGCAUUUCUUUUUAGUGAAAAUUGGAGUAUCAAAUCAACAUCAUACGAAACACUGAGUGAAAUAUGCAGUAAUAGAAGCACUUCCAAAACUUCAGAGUUUGUAACACACAUUACUCAUUUUAAGACAUCAUUAUUAAGAUUUUUUUUCCCUUGUAGUAGUUCAUUCGUUCUGUCUUAUAUAUAACUUUUGUAAUAAGUGUAAUUAAUUACAUAAUAAGGAAACUAUUAUUUGAAGAAUUUGUAUUAAAUUACAGGUUUAAAGCUCUUUUGAUAAUGUUUAUAUUUCUAACGUAUAGUCUGAUACAUAAAACGUAUAUGUGAAAUUUCGAAUAGAUAUAAUACACAACAAAUGAGGUAUAUUGUUCUUAACUAUUAGAGCCAACUUACUUUAUUAAUUUUAGAACAUCAGUUUCUUAAUAACAAACAACAGUUUCUUGAAACCUUUCGAUAAUAUAACAUGCAUUAUAAAUAAUGCACAAAAUAUAACUAAAAACUAUAAAGAGAUCACAUGAAUGAGAAAUUCCCGCGCUCCAUGUACGAACUAAACUCUUGGUUGCUUAGCAACCUCAAUAAAGAAUCAACAAACUAAAGAAUUUCUGAGCAGUUCUUUGCAAUAAAACGUUUUCUUUAUACAAAUUAAAAAAUUCUGAUUGAAAAAAAAAUCUACAGAAAUGUGAAUCAUAAUACAAUUUCCAGACCACGGAGUAUUCCAGACAAAUUUAUAAAAACACUGGAAUUUUCUUCAUUCGUCUACAUAGUGUUGCCAAUUAGUCAACCUUUAUAAAUACAUAAAACUCUAGGUUUUUAUCGUGCUUUUUAUUUUUGAAUACAUAUCGCUUAAUGUAAAGAGUUCUUCAUAAUAUCCCUUAAUAUAUGUAGUAUCCUUUAAUUAAAAUCAAAAUUAGUCUAUUAUUUUACUUCGUUUAACUAAUUUUUGAACUCUGCGCAGUCUUGGUUUGUGUCUAACGAUUCAAUGUUCAGUAAAAUGCAAAUUCUAACCUCCUUGGCAAGAAGGCAUAUUGACUCACAUUUCUUUUAAAAUACAACUGAGUAUAAACACACAGUCCCAUUAUAUUGCUCAAACUGCCCAUCAUAUUUACUUUAUCAUCUUACAAUCAUUAAAAUAAAGUUCAAGAGUUAAUAUUUAUUUAUAAAAUGUAUGGUCAAAUGAAACUAUUGAAUAUAGUACUUAAAAUAAGUCAGUAAAUUAUUUCAUUUCUUGAAAAUACCAUAAUGAAAUGCUGAUUUCUUUGCUAAUUUUUGGUAAACUUUUGAUUUCAUUAAGCUACUCAUGCCUAAUGCCAUUAUUAUUAUAUAUUUCGACAAUCUUUGUCCGUUCUGUUGUGUAAAAUAUUUGUCCUUGCAUUAUCUGAAAAUCGUAUCAUAUUUAAGUUUCUUCAAUAUUCACAGUGAACAAUUAUUUAAGUAGCAAAGUAACAUGAAUACUCUCUCAUCGCUCAUGGUCUAGUCAUUUUGCGUCAUUUUCAGUAGCCAAAUAAGAAUGUUUACCUUUAGAUUUGAUCGGAAUUUAAGGCCUCAUUCAAUUGAAACAUUUAGUGAUCGUUAAGGCCUCAUUCAAUUGAAACAGCGAUGAUCGCUCAAACAGCGAUUGUUGUAUCCAGCAUUAGCGAUCACUUUUGAAAACGAGUGAUUUUUGGUAUUCAUUUGAAACACUUCCCUACCAGUCGAACUCGUAGGGGUUGCCAGAGGUUACUUGAUGCGCGAUGCUGUUUGUCACGUGGUCGGAAGUUGCGUUUGUUUCGAAAUAACCAAUGAAAGAGCUACCAGAUGUGCAGGUUGACUCCUCGUAACCAUUCUUUAGGGUUGCAGUUCACGUUUGGUGUGCGAUCUCUGGCUUUUCAGCGCUAUUGUUUUAAAGUUUUAUCUAUGAAAAUUCUUCAAAGAUGGAGAAGUCCAAUUCGGAGCCUGAAUCUUGUAGAUACUUUAGUCAGUUUGAAAAGGCUGGUUAUUAUAAUACGGAUGCUGUUCAUCUGAAUGCUGGUGCUCCUGGUACAGAGCUAUUACGCAUGCUUCCUCCUAUUAUUGAUGCUGCUACAAAUCAUCGAAUGCAAAACGAAUUGGAAGGAGAUGCUCAAUUGUUUCAAUAUGGAGAUGAGAGAGGCAAUUGGCAGUUUAGAAGUUUUUUAGCCAAAUUUUUAUCAGAAGAAUAUGGGGAUCCUGUAAAUAGUGAGCAGCUGUUUCUAACUGGAGGUGCUUCUAGUGGUUUGUGGUUAGUUUUAAGUAGGUUAUUUAGAGCUGGCAGCCUAGUCUUUGUUGAAGAUCCUUCCUAUUUUGCUGCCCUAAAAGUCUUUGUUGACUUAAAUAUGAAAGUAAUAGCAGUUAAAACUGAUGAUGAAGGAAUUGUUGUUGAUGAUCUCAAAAUGAAAAUAAAAAAGCUCUUUCCUGAUGAACCGACUAUUUGCAGACCACCUCUACAAGCUUUGCUUUAUCUUAUACCAGUUUAUCAUAAUCCUACAGGAUACAUUCUUCCUGAAGGAAGAUGUCAUCAGCUUAUAAGUUUAGCUCAGAAAUAUAGUAUUACUAUAUUAUGUGAUGAUGUUUACAAUCUCCUUCACUAUGAUGGAUUGAAAACAUGUCCCAAAAGACUAUUUUCAUUGGAUAAAGAGUCAUAUCCAGAAUAUGUUGGCAAUGUAAUUUCUAAUGGCUCGUUUUCAAAAAUUUUGGGCCCAGGAUUAAGAAUUGGAUGGCUGGAAGCACCUAAAUGGGCAAUUGAAAUGUUCCAGGAUUUUGGUGUAUUAACAAGUGGUGGUGGUUUAAAUACAUUUACGUCUGGUAUAAUCACCAGUUUACUGGCUUUAGGUAAAAUGAAUACACAUCUGCAGAAAGUUAAAAAUAUUUACAAAACACACAUGGAUGCAACAGCUGAAUUAUUACGAGAAGAACUCCCUCCAAAUUGUACAUUAAAAUCACCAGCUAAGGGUGGCUAUUUCCUAUGGAUAGAAUUACCUGAAAAUAUGAGUUCAAGUAAUUUAUUGCCAUUUGCAAAGAAAAUGUAUGAAGUAGACUUUAUGCCAGGAAUUAGGGCAUCUCCUUCUGGCAGCUUUUCCAACUAUAUACGCAUCUGCAUCAGCUUUUACCCCCUGGAUGUUUUAUUGUCUGCUGUCCGACGACUCUGUCUGGCAAUUUCAGAUUUUCAAUUAAAAGCUAAUGAUGAUCCUGAUUUUUGGCAAAGUUAUAUGAAUUAGGAACUAUUAAAUUAAAUGCAUUUGACAUUUGCUCUGCAUAAGGAAUUGUUACACUAUAUUUGCUCUAAUACAUAAAUGUGUGGGCAGAUAAAAUUUUAUAAUAAUGUAUUUUAGUUUUUAUAUUUGAAAGGGUAAAAAGAGGGAAAGAAUUGCUAUAGUAAACACUCUAAAAAAAUCUAAUACAUUAAAAUUGACUUUUAAUUCUUAUUUAACUUCUAAUUAUUUUUAAUAGCAAAUAGUGCACCAUAAAAGGAAUUUCAUUGAUAUGUACAGUAUACGGAAAAAAUAUAUGUGUUUUGAGAUGUUUGGGGGUCACAUCGCCAUUGUGUUUAAAAAUACAGUAUUCUGUAAUAAAUCAUUUAAAUAUAAUUGAACUUUGCCAAGAUUUUGUUGUGUGUGCAUCUGUUGCACCAACGGAUAACCAUGUUAUAUAAAUAUAAGACUUGUUUACUUCUGGCAGUUUUUUCCCUCUUUUUAUCUGAUAAAAUGGUCAUGAAAGAAUAUUUAUAUUUUUUAACAUUCUUACAUAAUUAAAGUAAAAAAAAAAAAAACUCAGCAAAGUAACUGAUUGUCUAAAUUGAGAUAUCAUACAAUUAGUACCAUAAAAUUAGCAGAAGAAAAAGGAAGACAUUCCAAAAUAAUUAAAGCAUUAUGCUUUUAAUAAGAAAUUAUUUUUAUAAGAAAACAACUUUAUUUUCCUCUUAAAUGAUAAAAUUUUAUUAUUGUUGCAAGUUUUUUGUAUUUUAUGCAAUUGUUAUUUAUACUUAUAGUGAUUUAUACUUGUUGCAUUGAAUACAUAUAUAUUUCAUUUUUCAUUAUUAAUCAUGUUUAAAAAUUACAAGAAUUGUGUAAUUGCAGCUAUGUUAGUAAAAAAAAAAUUGUUUAAUAUUCUCAUGUACCUGUGUAGAUUAAGUGCAUAAAAUAUUGCAAAUUGGAAAUUUUAUACUGUGUUGACAUUGUUCUAAAUAUAAAUUUAUGAAAUGCUUAUAGAUUUGUUAAAGGAAAUAACUAUCAUACUGCUUUUGUAAAAGCAAAAAUUUAAUUGUUGUUUAGUUUAAAAUAAAUGAGUACUAUGUAAAAUUUUUUCAUAGUAAUUUUUGUCAUUUGUGUACAUAGAUUUAAAAAUAUAUAUUGAGUUAUGCAAAAAUGUUAACAGAUUGCAAAAUAUUCAUAUAUUGCAAUCUGUUAACAUUUUUGCAUUAAAAACCUUUUAUUUUUAAAUUCAGUACAUUUAUUAAUAACUUGAACUGUAAUGUACAUAUUGUAUUGUUUCCAAGAUACAAAUCUGAAUUUAUUGAUGUCUGUUCAGAUUAGAUACAACUGUAAAAAAUAAGCCAUAAAAGAAGGUUUAUUAAAAAAUUUAGUUUCAUUUCUAAUAAACUUCCUAUAUUAAUGCUUUAAAAACAUGUAUUUUGAAAAAAAUCGUAUCUUAAUUAAUUAUUAUAUUACUGUUUAUAACACUGGAAUAACACAUAUAAGUUUUUUUUUUUAAGGAUAUUGUCACAAACAAGAAUAUAAUUAUCAAAAAUAUUCACCUAAUAAAUGUAUUCAUUCCAUGUAUUUUAAAUCUAUAUAUCUUCAUAAUGCUUAUAGAUUAACGUGUUGAACCAGAAGAUUCUUGCGAAGAAUGUUUUUUUACAUACUUGAUUUUUACAAUGAGUGAAAGCAUUAUUUUGUUUGUUCUUGGAGAAAAGUAAAAUAUUUCUGUCUUAAUAUAUAGUACCUUCUUUUCAUUCAUUUCUUAGUAAAAAAUUAAUCUUCAUAUUAAAACUCAUGUUGAUAAUAAUGAAACCAAAUUUUGGAAGGUAAAUACGUUGAUAAACCAUAUUAAAAGAAGACCAUCUGUUAUAAAGCUUUAUUGUUUACUUACAUUUAGUACAGAAUUUCUUAAGUGCUGUUGCUAUUUCAGUGAUAUGCAAGAUUUAGUCGUGUUUUAUUCUGAUGACAGUUUCAGUAUAGUGAAUUCCGGGGAGUCAAGUGAAUUUAUUAGGAAAAUAAUUUAUAGUGUAAUGCACUGGCUUCUAUGUGAAUGGCAAAAAAACUUUAUUUGUUGAAUUUAUGGGAAGAGUUUGCCUCAAAUAUUUUACCUAAAUACAUUAAUAUUAUAAAACUGUGGCGCAUAGUAAAUCCAUUUUGCAUACUUUUAUAGGGAAAAGAUAAUGACAUAACAUUUAUAUGGGUUACACUUUUAAAUUGAUAUGCAUCAAUGCAGCAGUUUGUUUUGUGCAGCACAUAUUCUAACUGCACAAUAGUGAUGGAAUCCGGUGCUGCAGAAUCCACUUCUGAAGAUCUUAUGUGUGGAGUAAAAGUGACAUAUAUAUCAACAUCUUUAACAAAUUCCCAAAGAGGAGAAGAAAACACAAAGAAUUGAAACUGGAAGCUUGAAAGUACACCACAGGGUCAUAUUGUGCACUUUGAAUGAUCCAGAACUGCUGGUAAUGAGCCAUUGCAUUCAACAAUAUUAAACUGUACACAAUAAUAAAUGAACACAAAAACAUAAUCAAUGUAUGAUAAGCAUUGUAUGUAAAUACUUUUACAUUGGAAAAAAAGCCGUUUUGUAGGCAAAUCUGCCCGUCCCCUUUUUGUUUUGUUUAAAUCAACCACCUUCUAACCUACUAGCAUAUAACAAAAGAAAAAGUAUAUACAACACAUUUUUUUUUUUAUACAUCAGAAUCAAAGUUUUUGUGAAUUUCAAUUCCUCGUAUCUUUUGGCUAGUAUUUUCAUUGCUUAUUUAAAUACCUUAGAAAUUGAAAAGAUACCUAAACAAUUAAAACCAAUUUUAUAGUACAUAUUAAAAUCUAGCUUGCUAGAAAUAAAUAUUUUUCUUUAUAUUUAUAAUUUUUAUUGUUCUACAAUUCUUUUUCAUUUUUUGUUUAUUAAUGUGUGGCAUAUUAUAAGUAUAUUCUUUAUAGACAAGUACUUCAUCUAGAAUUUCAGUGUUAAAAAUAAAUAAUAUUUUAACCAAAAAUCAAUUUUUUAAUAUUGUUAAAGGAAAUUAAUAACUUUUAAUUUAGAUAAAUAACCUUGAACUAAAUUAAAAGUUAAUAAACUGCAUUUCUCUCCAGUCUGUUCUGAAGAUGUCCAGGGCACACUAGUUGCUGACAGAAUAUGGUUACUGAACACUUUAUUUCAAUUCAGGUUUAAAUUUAGUUGUUUUGUGACACUGCACAAUAUUUUAUGUAUUGUUCAUUGUAUAAUUUGAAAAAAGUGCAUGAAAAAAAUUUUUAAGUCAUGAUUAUCUUAACCAAGUUGAGAUGAUUAUCAUUAUGGUUAGUUGUAUUAUUAUUAUCAUUUCCAAAUAAAAAAGGAUAUAAAAAUUA